AUGAUCAGCACCACACUGGUGAAGGGGAAAGCACAGGUGCAGUUUCGAGCCAACAAAUCUCAAUAUAGCCUGACAAGAGCACAGCAGUCCUACAACUCCUUGGAGAUAACAGGCACAGUCCCACCUUCCGGGGCUGCUGAGACGUGUGAGAGGAGGGGAGGGGGUGGCGGCUGCGGCCUGUGCCCCGUCGGCCGCUGGCGGCGAGGGGGAGGCGGGCGCAGUCCACCCAAGGGUGGAGAAGGGAGCCGGCGACAGGCGCGCGUUCCCGGGCUCGUGACCGCCGCCGGCCCCGGGAACCGGCGCCCACAGGACCUGGCGGAGAUGGCAGGCGGCGGGGACCGGCGCGUCGUGGGCACCGUCCACCUGCUGCUGCUGCUGCUGCGGCUGCUCCUGGCAGCCGCCCCGGCCCCGGCAGCCCAGAGUCAGGAUCGGGACUCCUGGAUGGAGGCGAAGAAUUAUCACCAACCAGCUAUUCUGAAUUCAUCAUCUCUUCGGCAAAUUGCAGAAGGUACCAGUAUUUCUGAUAUGUGGCAACAUGACUUACGGCCCUUACUGAUAGAGCGAUACCCAGGAUCCCCAGGGAGUUAUGCUGCUCGUCAGCACAUCAUGCAGCGCCUUCAGAAACUUCAGGCUGACUGGAUUUUGGAAGUAGACACCUUCUUGAGUAGGACACCCUAUGGGUACCGGUCUUUCUCAAAUAUCAUCAGCACCCUCAACCCCACUGCCAAACGACACCUGGUCCUCGCCUGCCACUACGACUCCAAGUACUUUCCUCGUUGGGGCAACAGGGUGUUCGUAGGAGCCACUGAUUCAGCGGUGCCGUGUGCCAUGCUGUUGGAAUUAGCUCGUGCCUUAGACAAACAACUCCUUUCCUUGAAGGAUGCCUCAGGCUCCAAGUCAGAUCUCUCACUGAAGCUAAUUUUUUUUGAUGGAGAAGAGGCUUUCCUUCACUGGUCUCCUCAGGACUCUCUGUAUGGGUCUCGGCACUUAGCUACGAAGAUGGCAUCGACCACACACCCACCUGGAGCGAGGGGCACCAACCAACUGCAUGGCAUGGAUUUAAUGGUCUUACUGGAUUUAAUUGGGGCCCGAAACCCAACAUUUCCCAAUUUUUUUCCAAACUCUGCCAGAUGGUUUGAUAGGCUUCAAACAAUUGAACAGGAACUCCAUGAAUUAGGUUUGCUCAAGGAUCACUCUUUGGAGAGGCGGUAUUUCCAGAAUUUUGGUUAUGGAAAUAUUAUUCAAGAUGACCACAUUCCAUUUUUAAGAAAAGGUGUCCCAGUUCUGCAUCUGAUAACUUCUCCUUUCCCUGAAGUCUGGCACACUAUGGAUGACAAUGAAGAAAAUCUGGAUGAGUCAACCAUUGAUAAUUUAAACAAAAUCAUUCAAGUCUUUGUGUUGGAGUAUCUUCAUCUGUAAUAUUCUAAUUUAGUCAUAGUAAUGCCUUCUAUACCAAUUCAGAAGAUAUGACAUUAUGUAAAAUAUCUGAUUCCAGAUAAAUUCAAGGUGGACACCUUCAUCUUAUAGAUUCAUUCUGUAGGGGUCUUUGAGUACAUGAUCAGUGAAUCCUACUACCAUAUCUUGUCCUCAAUUAUACAUUGAUUUUUAUCUAGAGAGAGAAUUUGCAAAAAAAACUUUUUUGAGAUUCAUUUAGAUAGAAACUAUGGAAUGAAAUAAAAAUCACUUACCAUACUUUUAAACAAUAACAAGAUUCAGUAUAAAAAUAUAAAAAUUGCAUAUGGUUUCAUGAUUUUUUUAGUUUUAGUUUUAUGAUUUUUUCAUAUUUGUAAAUCUAUUAUGUAAUACAAAGCAAAGAUGUAUUUGAAGGUUCCCAAAAUUCUUUGAGAAAUCUUUCUAGGGUUAAUUUUCUGGAAACUAAAGUCUGAAUUAAAUGUCUUAUUAUUUUCUUUUUACUUUAUAUAUACAUAAAAACAAGGAAGUAUCUCAUUCAAUGUAUGACCCAAUUUUUAUAGGAUUUCAAAAAUUUAAUAUUUGAUUGUAAUAUUUGAUUGUCAUUAAAUAAAGCCAUUGGAAAAGGUAUAUGAAAAAGGAAGGUUUAAUACCAUUAUACUAACAGAAUCAUCAUUGGCUCUUGAGUUUUUAUUGUAGAAUUUUCUUAUGUAGGUAUAAUAAAACUGCAUCUAUAA